AUGGCAUCAGCAGCAGACAUCCAAGCCAAGGCACAAUACUACGUCAACCAAGUCGAUAAGCAGCGCUUACCCACAAAUCUCAAAGGUGAAUAUUAUUCUCCCCCCACCAACACCCAGCUGACCCUUCCGCCGAUUGAAUCUCAAAUUGGCUUACCAAAAGCGUACGUCGCUCCAGGCUUAGCCUUUGUCGUCGCUGCUCUCGUCUUUUUCAACAUUGGCGCUGCUUUCAUCUCAAACCUCAUCGGUUUCGCUAUACCUGCUUACUACGCACUCUGCGCCAUCGAAUCUCCAGGACACGACGAUGACAUUCAAUGGCUCACUUAUUUCGUGGUCUUCUCCUUCUUUACCUUUGGUGAGAGCCUUGUUAACAUUGUCAAGUACUUCCCCUUCUACUACCUUUUCAAGAUCGGAUUCUCCGCUUGGCUCAUGCUCCCUCAAACUAAAGGCGCAAAGACUCUCUACUUGAAUGUCCUUCGCCCUGUUCUCUUCUCCAAGAACAAGUCUCAGCCAAGAGGUUCAUUUACUGCUCACGAUUUAAGAUCCAAGGCUGACGCUCAAGUAGAUAACUAA